AAUCUAUUCGUCACGACCGCCAUGCCGUCGGCUUCCGAGAUGCUCGCCGCCGCGGCGAGUGCGGGAGGUGCCGCGACCGCCUCGGCGGACGACCGCAAGCGCUUCCGCGGCGCCGAUGGCGGCCCGCCAGUGCGCGCAGCAGCACAAGCAGACCGGUUCGAGCGGCUCUUGCGCUUCUGCCUGUACCGGAGCUCGUCGCUCGAGACCGCGCUAUGCGCCUCCAGCCUUGUCUUCGUCUUGCGCGAGACCACCAUCAAAGCCGGCACCGAGACGGCCAAAGGGAAAUGGAAGGAGAACAGGCCCGUCGUCGAAGAAUCCAUGCACGCCCAGAGGAACUACCCCAGCCACCCGCUCGGCGAGGAGCGGGUGUUUCUGUUCAUGACGGUGCUCGAGCAUGCGGAGAAAUGGUACGAUGCCGACACGCAGGCCCUCAUCACCAAAGUCGAGCAGAUCCCGACGAAGUUGCUGAACUCCUCGAUCGCGGCCUUCCAGCCGCGCUACCCCACCGCGAAGGAGGGCCGGGCGUGGGUCUUCGACUUGCAGCUCCACACCCUGAUGCACGACGACGUGAAGCUCCUGGCCUUGCAGUUCCUGGCUCACAAGCCGGUGGCGGAGCUUGGCAUCGAGUUGCACCGGAAGCGCCAGGACGGCCUGGAGAAAGCCCUGUGGACCGACCUGAAAGAGAUUCAACAGGCCCGGAUGGCGCGACCAUGCCGCGACACUUGUGGCCACCAGGGCGGGACGAUUUUUUGUGGACAGUGCUCGCCAUUGGUACUCGGCGACGGCUUGUUGUAG